UUAGGGAAGUUCCAUGUAAAAUCGUUGACCUACAACCGCCUUAAAACAAGAAACGCCUUCUAUUUGCCGAGAGCCGAAGAAAAGCCCAAAGGCAUUAAGAAAGAAAAUAAAAAGAUGCAAGCAACUACAAAAGCUUACGAAAUGUAAAACCGGUCUUGCUUACACUGCAUGUGAUGGCAUAUCUGUGUAUAUACCCCGAGGAGUGGAGCUACUAGUAGCGUCAGUUUGAGCCGAGCCGUGAGACGCAGUGGAAGGGGGAUAGAGUGCAUAGACCACCAUCCCGGGAAGACGACGGAGUCGCACGUGUUGCAUUUUCAUUCGAGUGGUGCUAUUUCUCCAAUGCCUCUUGGUGUCUUGUGACAGUGAAUUCAUUAUCUGUUUGGAAUACGAAUUUUAAAGAAUAGUCCAUUCAUCUAUACGAACAUGAAGUAUACUCUGUUGGAACUCAUCGGGCUGGCGUCGAUUGGCACAGUCUCGUGGUUUGUGUUAAGGGGUGUAUGGAAGUUUCUUUACUCCACCUUUAUAGGUCAUGCUUUAGGCCAUUCGCUUUCGCUGAAAAACAUCGGACAAUGGGCCGUUGUGACCGGCGCCACCGAUGGAAUUGGCCGAGCGUACGCAGAAGAGUUGGCUUCACGUGGUAUGAAUAUUGUCUUGAUUAGUCGCUCACCUUAUAAACUACAGAAUGUAGCAGCUGAAAUCGAGUCCGAAUACAAGGUGAAAACGAAAAUCAUCGACGUGGAUUUCACCAAUGGAAUUGAGAUAUAUGAUCGUAUCAAAAAAGAAAUCGAAGGCCUUGAAAUCGGCGUUCUUGUCAACAAUGUCGGCAUGUCAUACGCUUAUCCAGAAUACCUAGCUGAGGUUCCCAAUGCAGCUGAAUUUUCCUUAUCCCUCAUCAACUGCAACGUUGUUUCUGUUACGCAAAUGUGCAUUCUAGUGCUGGGACAAAUGGUGGAACGCAAGAAGGGAUUGAUUUUAAAUGUUUCCUCAGCAUCAGCUGUUCUCCCUACUCCUCUCAUGACCAUGUAUUCUAGCACGAAGGCGUACGUGUACAAGUUUAGUGAAGAUUUGGCAUUGGAGUAUGCCCCGCUUGGCAUCACGAUCCAAUGCGUGUUACCUGGUUUCGUGGUAUCUAAAAUGAGUCGGUACAAGAAACCGGCUUUCAGAAUUCCUCUACCUAGAGAUUUCGUUCGUGGCCACAUGAGAUCCUUGGGUCUGGAAUUCGCUUCAGCUGGUUUUUGGGUCCACAAAAUUCUGUUGGGCUACUACACAAAGCUGAAUAUGAUUUCGCCAUCCACCGUGGUUAAUGUGACGUUCAACAAUUUAAACGGCACUCGUCAACGUGCCCUAAAACGAAUCCAAUUGCAGAAGGAGCAACAACAACAAAACGGGGUCGAAAACGCCAAGGACAAAUAAAGUGAUCCAAUGGGAUUUCAUAUAGAAAAAAAAGCCUAAUGUUGCUCUACUAACGAAUCAAAAAGUCUAGCAAAAAAAUCGAAAAUAUUUUCAAUGUUGAUAUCGCCAUUGUUCUGCAUUUCGUUGACAUUUUCAGAUAGCUGUCUUCCUUUUGUGUUAAUCUACCCUUUUUUUCCUUCAUGUCCGCGUCCAGUUACUGCUGAUUAGAUCGUUUGUAAUUGACGCAUACUCAAUCGUAGCGGGACCUGUCGUCACGACAUGUUUGACAAUUCACAUAAUAAAAACGUGUAUGACGCCAAUUUUACGUUUUUUCUAGAAGGAAGCCAAUAAAAGGAAGCAGAGAGGA